GGGUUGAGGGGCGGUGAGCGCGGAAACACUGGUGCGGGUGGCGGUGGCCGCGGGGGCAGAGACGCCGGGGCCAGCCUGCCCGCGCCUGCGGCCUGCGGGGCGGGCGCCGCUCACCCGGUGAGCCCACCCAGCCCCCUUCCCCGAGACGGUGCCCGGCGUGGCGCGGGACGCGUGCGGGGCCCCGACAUCGGUGUCUCACGGCAGCCAGACGGGGCCCCGUGGCCUUCCUAGUGCGAGGCAGGUGCGGGCCCGACAGCGGCUGCCCCCGGACACUGCCCAAGGAAGCGGCGGCAGUUCCGCGGGCCCGCCACGGUGGGAAGGUGCGCGGGGCCUCCGGGCGCUCGCCUGACCUCCUGUUCCGGGACCCCCGGGCCCGGACCACACGAUGUGUGGCCGCACGUCCUGCCACUUGCCCCGGGAGGCCCUCACGAGAGCCUGUGCCUACCGAGACCGGCGGGGCCAGCAGCGCUUCCCGCAGUGGAGGGACCCGGAGAAGUACUGCCCGUCCUACAACCAGAGCCCUCGGUCCUGCAGCCCAGUGCUGCUCUCCCGACUGCACUUGGAGAAGGACUCAGACUCAUCAGAGCGAGUCAUUGUGCCCAUGCGCUGGGGAUUGGUUCCCUCCUGGUUCAGAGACAGUGAUCCUUCCAAGCUGCAGUUCAACACCACCAACUGUCGUAGUGACACCAUGAUGGAGAAAUGGUCCUUCAAGGUGCCUCUGGGAAAGGGAAGACGCUGUGUUGUUUUGGCAGAUGGAUUCUAUGAGUGGCAGCGGUGUCAGGGAACCAGCCAGAGGCAGCCAUACUUCAUCUAUUUUCCCCAAGUCAAGACAGAAAAGUCAAGCAGCAGUGGUGCGGUAGGCAGCAGCCCAGAGGACUGGGAGAAGGCCUGGGACAGCUGGAGGCUGCUGACGAUGGCGGGGAUCUUUGACUGCUGGGAACCCCCAGAGGGCGGAGACCUCCUCUACUCCUACACCAUCAUCACAGUGGACUCCUGCAGGGCUCUGAGUGACAUCCACCAUAGGAUGCCUGCCAUAUUAGACGGAGAGGAAGCAGUCUCCAAAUGGCUCAACUUUGGUGAGGUCUCAUCUCAGGAAGCUCUGAAGUUAAUACACCCCACAGAGAAUAUCACUUUCCAUCCAGUGUCUCCAGUGGUGAACAACUCUGGAAACAAUACUCCUGAAUGUCUGGUUCCUGUCAACUUGAUGGUUAAAAAGGAGCCCAAAGCAAGUGGUAGUAGCCAAAAGAUGAUGCAGUGGCUGGCCACAAAGUCACCCAUAAAGGAAAUCCCCAAAGCCCUCCCAAAGAAAGAGUUGGAUGUGCCUCAGUGGUCCAGCCAGUUCCUGCAGAAGAGCCCACUGCCAGCCAAGAGAGGUAGUGCAGGACUCCUGGAGCGAUGGCUGAAGAAGGAGGAGAAGGAGGAAGAGCCAGCUGCCAAACGUCCUCACAGCCAGUGACAGAAUUUCCACAGACCCUGGCCAUGGCCUGUUAUAUCUCCAAAGAUACUGCUGAGACCAGGUUCUCGUGCUGCAGUGGAGUGGAGUGUAUUUGCUUGGGAAGAGGCGGCACAGCCUUAGCUGGCCGUGGUGGACCCAGGAAGAAAGUGGCUGUCCAUGGCAGCCUGGGAGGAGGAGAGGUUUGGCUCCCACCACCCUCACCACAGGAAGGUUGGGCGAAGCUUCCUCAGGACUCCUGCCGUCUUUUAAACCUAAGUUCUUAGGAUACAUUUUGUUUUGAGUAAAGUACAUUUGAUAAAUGUUGGCCUACA